AUGGGGCUCGGGGGCUGGUGGCGGGCGGCGCGGGCCCUGCGGGCGGCGGGCGGCGGCUGGAGCCGGGCGGCAGCGCCCGGCCCCACCUGCCGCGGCCUCUGCGCCGCCCAGGAGCCGAACGUCUCCUACCAGGAGCUCAAAAACUUGAAGAAGGCCAACGUCCUUCACAUUGACGUGCGGGAGAGGUGGGAGAUCGACAGGUUUGGAAAAAUCCCGGAGUCCAUCAACAUACCGCUGGGUGAAUUAAUGGAAGCUCUACAAAUGGACCCAACGGACUUCAAGCAGCAGUAUAAUCAAAAGAUGCCAUCCAAGUCAGACCCUGUGGUUUUCUCCUGUUUGGCAGGAACAAGAAGUAAACAAGCACUUGGUUUUGCCAUGUCCUUGGGUUUUAGCAGAGUUCAGCAGUAUGCUGGUGGCUUUGACGACUGGGUAAAACAUGAACCUCCAGAAAAGAAAUGAAGAUGACAGCCCCAGCCCUUACCCCAUCAAGGCAUCAGGAUGGUUUGUAGGUUUUAGCAAACCACAUCUGUUCCACUUCCAUGAUAAAGCUCACUACUGGCUUCUUGUGUAAAUGGACAUUCACCUUCAAAUUGCCAUGCCUAUCAACUGGUUUAAAUUAUACCUGAAGACUACAACAUGAACAGAGGACAUUAUAUUUGCUCAACCUUUCAACCUUUACUUUGGGUUAUGGUUUUGGUGAAUGCAUGUGAAGAGAACCUAAGUACAGAUAUUUACUUUUUUGUAUGAUGUAGUUUAUGACUGUUUAACUAUUGAUGAUAGGACAAAUAAAAUUAUUAUUUCUCAAA